AGCGAUCUCUCCUCGGCUGUCCCAGGCUGCCCCGGUCUUCCGGGAUGAAGUUUUCUGGUCCGGCCCCCUGAACUUUAGGGCGGCGGAAGGCAGCUCGUCCCCUGACAGGAAGAAAAGGCGGCCAGGGAAAUCAGGAUGAUGGCCGUCCUGUGUUUACCGGAGCCCCUGACAGCCCUGCAGCUGAAGCGGCUGGAGGAGCACAAGUACAGUGCCAAUGGGCGAUCUCUGCUGGAGCCCCUCAUGCAGAUCUAUUGGAACUGGCUGGUGGAGAAGGUGCCCCUAUGGCUGGCACCGAACACGAUCACCAUGGUGGGGCUCAUCAUGAAUGUGUUGACAACGCUCAUCGUCGUCUACUACUGCCCUUCGGCCACCGAGGAAGCUCCAGCAUGGGCAUUUCUGUCUUGUGCCAUUGGUCUGUUUGUUUACCAGUCACUGGAUGCCAUUGAUGGGAAACAAGCUCGAAGAACAAACAGUAGUUCCCCAUUAGGGGAGCUAUUUGACCAUGGAUGUGACUCUAUAUCUAUAGUGUUUGUUGCAGUGGGGACAGUUGCUGCGGUACGGCUUGGAACAAUGCCCAGCUGGAUGUUUUACUGCUGCUUUGUCAGCAUGUUCAUGUUUUUUUGCGCCCAAUGGCAAACCUAUGUGUCAGGUACUCUGAGGUUUGGAAUGAUUGAUGUCACAGAGCUUCAGAUUUCAGUAACCAUUGUAUUUUUGUUGUCUGCAUUCUUCGGGACUACUUUCUGGGACAUUGAGAUUCCUGUGACUGGGCUACCCUUGAAAGUCCUCCCUCUCAUGGGCAUCAUCUUUGGAACAAUUUAUUCCUGUAACAACUACUUUAGAGUCAUUCUCAGUGGUGGAGUGGGAAAAAAUGGAUCCACUGUAGCUGGAACAAGUGUACUAUCUCCUGGCCUGCAUAUUGGACUGGUGCUCAUAUUAGGAUUAAUGAUCUAUGUGAAAUCAACAACAGAUUUAUUCUACAAACAUCCAAGUCUUUACACACUGACAUUUGGGUUUGUAAGUGCCAAGAUCACUAUUAAGCUUGUGAUGGCACAUAUGACCAAAAGUGAACUGUAUAUUCAGGAUAGUGCAUUUAUUGGACCAGGUCUUUUAUUCCUAGACCAGUACUUCAACAGUUUUAUUGAUGAGUACAUAGUUUUGUGGAUAGCACUAGUUAUUUCUUUGUUUGAAUUGAUAAGAUACUGCAUAGGCACUUGCCUACAAAUAGCAACACAUCUUCGGAUAUCUGUCUUCAGAAUCCCUCCUAUCCCAGCUGCUGAGCAGGUACACGUUAUUCCUUCAGGGAGCCAUCAGAAUAACAUUGACUGAAGAGACUUUCGAACACUUGCCAUCUCUUGCUGUUGCUGGCAGAAGAAGAAAGAAUGACAUAAGUUAAAACUAUUUUUAUAUUUACCUCAUAUAUUUUGUUAAUAAAGCUGAAACUAAAAAAAAAACAAAAAAAAAUUAUUGUUAAUGAAUGUCUUGCAUGACAAUGCAAUCACUAGAAUUUAACUUACAGUGUCCAUAAGAAUUUUCUUCUGUAACAUAGCCAUUUCCUUUCUGAGCUCAUUUUGAGCACCGGAUAGAAGGUUUGCUUGGUUCUUUUCCAGAUCAUGCAUGUUCUGCAAAUAUUGAGAUUUAGGAAAUAACGCCCGGUAACAAAUAUACACUUUUACAUUCUAAGCUGUAGUAUCUCUCUCCUGUCUUCAUCUGCGCUA